GCUGAUAGCCUACAGGGGGCAGCAGGUGAGUGGGCGGAAGUGACCGGAAAUGACGUUGGUGGUCCAAUAUGGCGGAGGAAGUGGAUGUAGAUGUGGAUAUUGAAGGAGACGGAGCGGAGCUGAACCUGGGUGAGGACUGUGGCACGGUUCCUGGCUUUCUGCAGGACCAUUACCUGGAUUCUUCCUGGAGGAAUAACAAUGGUUUUUUGUCUUGGACUUUGGAUAGCUCUCUCAGUGAAGAGAAUAGAGCUGCUAUUGAAAAGAUGCUACAGGAGGAAGAAUACUACCUAACAGGGAAAAAGUAUCCUCAAAACAGCUGGCCUGAUCACCAAGAGACUGAGAAAAUACCUGUGAAAAGUAUUCGUCAGAAGAAAGCUAUGAAAAGCCGGACUCCAGGAACAACAAGCAGUUCUUGGCCAGCACGCUGGACAGCAAAGGAGAAAGAACUUUUUGAGCAAGGGCUGGCCCAAUUUGGUCGAAGAUGGACAAAAAUUGCAAAGCUAAUUGAAUCACGAACUGUGCUGCAAGUGAAAAGUUAUGCCAGACAGUAUUUCAAGACAAAGGCAAGAAAUGAAAACCCUGUGGAAGAGACAAGUAUCUGGUCUGCAAAAACAUUUGUGUCUGGAAACGGUGCGAGCCCUUUGAAGAUAGCAUCAGAGCAUUACAGUCCUACAUUAGCAAAAGGUCAGGUUUAUCCCACUGUCAAUACUGUUAAGAUUGAGCAUAUGUCUGAUGAUGAAGAUGUGGAUGUCAUGGAUGAAACAGAUAGUGAGAAUAAUGGGCUUCAGGAGCAGAAGGGAAGAGAAACCCAACUUGCUUCAAAGAUGGAUGAACCUGAGGUGACUACUUGUAACAAUGCAUCUGGAGUAGAUGACACUCCCACUUCCACUGCGGUUUUGCAAAAAUGUUUCCAGAUGACAGACCAACAAGAAAUGUCCAAACACGAUGUCACAAGUAGUAAUAAAACUGAUAAUUUGAAGUUCAUGAUUGAUAGUCAAGAAAAUGAAAGAUCAGUAAAAACAGCUAAUGUAGACUUUAUAGGCUACAGCAAAUGUGGACAUUCUGUCGAGACCAAUGAAGGAUUAGUAAUGCAAAUACCUGAUUUUCUAGAGUUUAACCAAUUAGAGGAAAAAGAGAAAAUCCAUAAUGAUAUCUGUGCAUACAGUUUGCCUGAAUCAGUUUGUGAAAUGGAAGGGGAUGAAGAGACCUGUGAUAGCGAAGGAGAAAUUUUAAAAACUCCCGUGCAAGAAGUAAUAUUGGACAAAAACACGAUCACAGAAGAUGAGAAACAAGCUAUCCCUGAGUUUUUUGAAGGACGAUCAUCAAAAACACCAGAACGCUUUCUGAAAAUUCGGAACUAUAUCUUGGAUCAGUGGGAGAAAUCUAAACCCAAAUAUCUUAAUAAAACAUCAGUGCGACCAGGACUGAAAAAUUGUGGAGAUGUGAAUUGCAUUGGACGGAUACACACGUACCUGGAACUAAUUGGAGCUAUAAACUUUGGCUGUGAACAGGCAAUAUAUCAUCGACCACGACCUGUAGACCGAGGGCGUAAUAAAGAGGAAGGAAAGGACAGUGAACAGACAUAUUUGCUUGCUCAAAGAUUGCAGUCCAUGCAUACCAGAAGACGGCGUGUGCGAGACUCUUGGGGUAACUGGUGUGAUGCAAAGGAUCUGGAAGGGCAGACUUAUGAGCAUAUCACGGCAGAAGAAAUGGCCAGGAGGCAGGAGGAAGAGUUGAACAAACCUCCAAAACCAGUAAGAGGCCCUCGCCAGUCGAAGAGCUCUUUUGACCCUUUCCAGCUUAUCCCGUGUCACUGCUUCAGUGAAGAGAAACCAGAGCCAUUUCAGGUGAAGGUAGCUUCAGAGGCAUUGCUAGUGAUGGAUAUGCAUGCCCAUGUGUCAAUGGCAGAAGUGAUCGGCUUGUUAGGUGGGCGAUAUUCAUCGGGAAAGAAAAUAUUAGAGAUCUGUGUCGCAGAGCCAUGUAACAGCUUAAGCACAGGAUUACAAUGUGAGAUGGACCCAGUGUCACAAACACAGGCAUCCGAAGCCCUAGCUGGAAGAGGGUACAGCAUUGUUGGAUGGUACCAUUCCCAUCCUGCAUUUGAUCCCAAUCCAUCCUUAAGAGACAUUGACACCCAGGCUAAAUACCAGAAUUACUUUUCACGUGGAGGAGCUCAGUUCGUUGGGAUGAUCAUCAGUCCAUACAAUAGAACUAACUCCUUACCUUAUUCCCAGGUGACAUGUCUUAUAGUUAGUGAUGAACUCAGCACAGAUGGCCAUUUCCGACUUCCUUAUAAGUGUGAGUUGAAGCAAAUGAAUGAAGAGCCUCUUUGGGUGCAAAUGAUAGAUAAAGCACGCUGGAUAAUGGAGAAGUACAAGCUGUCCCUCAGUAGUGUUCCAAUGCUCCACAUGUUUCACAGAGAUUCCAAUUUGACAUGUUUGCAGAAGCUGCUUGAAUCAAUGAGGAAGACAUUGGAAAAUCAAUGGAAUGCUGCAGUUACUGAAGAGUUUCUGACGCAAAUUGAAGAUUUGUUCCUUGCAGGUUAUAACAUUGAAGACCGGAACAGUAAAUUUGAAACUAUUGCUAAAGUUCCAGUAAAACCAGGCAAUUAGUUACUUGUAUUUCCAAGAUCUGCAUGUCUGAAAUUCCACUUUCAAAAAAAUGAACUUUGCACUGAGAAAUCUAAUGAUAUUGUUAGAAGAAACACCAGAAAUUGUGCGGUAGAGAAACCAGAGGAUUUCUCAGUACACUUCAGCUGGUUUUAAAGGAAAUUUGAUAUAAAAACCCUGAAUUAGCUGAAAGGAAAGUGUAGAGGUUUCUUUUUUUCCCGAGGUAUUGUCCUUCUUUAUCAAACAAUAUAAUUAUCCUUACUGCCAAUUUCUUUGACUUGUUAAAUCAAAAACAUGUGGUUUUCUUGCCAUCAUGGAGCUAAGUAGGGCCGUUUCCAUGCAAUCAGUUAUGAGGACGAUUGAGGAGUAGCUCAACUGGAAGCAGCAGACACGAUGAUUUCAAACUGGUUUGAGUGCCUCUCUGAAAUUACUUGACUGUGGAAUGUCAGCAGGAAAAUCUACAUCCUAAGCUGCAGUAUGACCUUCUCAGGGUUAGUCAACUUUUACAAUUUGUUGAGCCCAUUGCGCUGAAAUAUUUCUAGACAUUAAUUGAAAUUUCAUAGCAGAAAGGGGGUUCCUGUAGGCUCUCAUGGUUUCAAGGACAUUAUCUUUUUAUUUAUGGAUUUAUUUUAAGUAAAAAAAAAAAUCAUUAUUUCUUCUUUAGAAAGGGUACUUUAGAAAAAUAUUACACUCGUGAGUUUUUAUUAGAUAGUACAACUGAAAAACAUUGUAGACCAAAAACGAUUAUAAAAUAGCUUUGAACUAAGAGUUGCCCUGUUAUAUUUUAAUUACUUUGCAUCUUUGAAUGGAAGUCAGUAGGUAAUUCUUUGAGACAAAAUGUGUGACAUUUGGAUUUAUGAACCUCAGGUUUCAGUUUAUAACCUAGCCCAUGGAUUCCACUGUUGAAAUCUGGUGUGUUACCAGAUGAACAGGUUUCAUUUAUACUUAGUGCACUGAUUAGAAGUGACAGCUAUUUGGCUAACCCAGAAUGACUAGAAUUCUUGCCCUUCUUAAGAGCAAAUACAAAAAGUCACGAUCUGCCUAUAUGUUUUCUUCAUAUCUUCUCUACUUGAGAAGGAACGAUCAACAACAUUUGAGAUAAUGCUUAAAGGUAAAUUAGUGUUCUAGGUUCGUGAAAAUGUUCAAAUGGUACAUUUUCUUGGGAAGUUUAUAAUAGUUACAUCACACUAAUUAAAUUGUCUGAUGGUGGCUGUUCACACCGAUCACACAAUUCAGCUGUCAAAACAGGUGUGUGCUGCCUUCACACAAGCAGCCUCACUGAAAAUAGAACAUGAUGUAACGAUAAAGCAACUGACUUUAAGACUGCAGUUUUUGAAUUCUGGGAUUUAAUUCAUCUUUAUUUUGGAAUCUCUUCAGAUUCCAGCUGCUGAUCAACCAUUUUUAAUUUGCAUUCCAGCACUGAAUAUUGGCAUCAGUAUUUAGGAGCCAGGUAGGUAUACUUCCUUGGCAGCUGAAUGAAGAUAGCUUCUUCAAAUACAUUAUCUGUGCACUCCUGUUCUGACAGGAAACUACAGUGGUGAUCUCCACAUGACUACUUUUGGACUGGAACAGUUUGAUGAUUGCUUUAAAAAGAAUAUGCUAUAAAAUGCUAUAAAAAAUAGUAUUUCAAGAGGUAGUAUGUACACUUUGUGUACUGGCAAUUAUUGAAAUGUUACUCUUUUUUUCUCCAGCUUUGUGAAAUUGAACUCUGAAGCCCAAAGCAAUACAGUAAAACUGUAACUUCUUGUUCAUAAAGUAUUUUGUUUUGGACUAAGACCGUGACCUCUAACUAUUGAUUGUAAUAUGUGUCAGCAUACUAUUUAAACAAUUAUAUCCAUAUUGCUUCUAAAAAGAAAGAUUUUGUAAGAGGUCAUAUUAUGCACAAAUAAAACUGAAAGGCAAUCGGUCGGCUGUGGCACCAUGCUAUGACUCCAGACAUUUUCCCAUUGAGAAAGUCAGCAGUCGCAAUUGAGAAGCCUCUUCAAAUUGGGUGUAUUGCCCUCUGAAGGGAUGAGAGUCAUACGUUGCAGGAACUUCAAACAUUGUGUGUCUUCGAUUCUGUUCUCUGCAGAUCACGAGCCUUGGAAGUAGGUUAAAGCUGCAUCUUUCACAAAACCCCACAAGUACUCACAGUAAUGGUUGGGCAACUAGCAAUUCUGGAUCCGUGCUCUAUUUCAGACCUGCCAGCUUUGCUUUGGGUGUGUUUCAAAAGGUCUGAGUGAUUUUAGGUCAUGCGUAACUGCUUACCACUUAAUGGUUAUUUGCAGCCAGCCGAUUAAUUGCAUUGAACAGUCUGAUUCUAAGACACACGGUGAAGAUAACAUAAGUUUAGCAUAACAUUUUAUAGUACGUACGUAUGUAUACACUUGCAGUGGUUCAAGUGAGCUAUUUAUAUUCCCUCUUCCUGACACUAUUAAUUAUUGCUGUCCAAACAGCAUGGCAAAUAUGAAACUGAAUUAUUUUAUGUUAAGUACAUUCUGCAAGACAACUUAAAUAUUUGUGGCAUAUUUUUGUUAUUUGAAGUAGCUUAGUUUUAUAUACAUUGAAUACAUUGAAAUAGCUAAUAACAACUGAUACCAUCUAUUCCACUUGAUGAAACAGUUAGUAAACCAAAAGCUUCCAUAUAUUGAUAGCUGGUUUUGAGAUGUAGACCAUGACAUGAUCUACCAUUCAAAACUGUUAAAGUCCAGCUGUACUGUUGUGAUUUGUGUUAGAAACCUGAUUAUGCUGUAGACUCCUAACAAUCCCAAAUCUAGAUUUUUUUUUCCAUUAUUCAAAAGUACAGAAUUCAGAUUAACAAUGCUAUGGAUUCAAACUUGAGGAUGAUUGAACUUGAUCCAGAGUAUUACCAUGAUAUGAUUGAACAACUUUAAAAGGCUGCUGACGAAUAAAAGGAAUUUCAUAACCAGUUAGUUCGGCUCAGUCACAGUUGCUUGGCUGCAAAUCGUGCAUUAGGAAUAAGCACUAAACUUAGAAAGAUAGAAGAGAAAUUUGUACAGAAUUUAAAUUGCAGAAAAGAGAGUGACAUUGCCAAAUCUUUUCAUCUUGCAGCAAUCAGGACAAAUGCAAGGACACCGAACUUCAAAAGAUUGCAAAUGUUUGUCACAGGAGGGAAAAGGAGUGCUAAAUGAUUGGCAAGUUGACUGAUGGCUGAGGGAUUGCCAUGGAGAAAAAAACAGAAUUAUAGGCUCCCCAAGCUUCCAGCUAAUUCAAGAGCGUCACAAGGCUUGAACAUAUAUCUUUUGUUUACCUAGAACACGAAUAUAUGUCACUUCUAGCAUUGUCUAAGUGAGCCACAUUGAGCUAGACUGAUUAUCUUAAACUUAUUAUUAAUGCAAUUUUACCACACUCCGGAUUGCACUGAACAAUUGUGAUAUCACAUUGCACAGCAGAUAGAGUCAUAGAGUCAUAGCAGAUGUUUUGUUUGGAAUUUUAAGUUUGGUGUGUACAUAUUAUGUGCUUCCAGAGGAACAGGGUUGUUUAAUUCAGUCAGUCAAUCACAGGAAUAUGCAGCCUAUAUACUUGGUAUCUCACCAAUACUGAAGUUCAUAUACAAUGUUUAUGUAAUGGGCAAAUUGUCUAUAUGGUCUGAUGCCUUUGUUUUCCUUUGAGAUGUGGAUGUCAAUGGCAAAUUCCCCAUGCCAAAUUAUCCUUGAAUUAAAUGGUUUGCUUGGCCAUUUCAAAAGUUAGGUAAGAGUUGACUCCAUUACCAUUGAUCUGGAGUCACGUGUAUGCUAGACUAGGUAGGAUGACAGAGUUCUUUCAUCAAGGACACAGUGAAUCAAAUUAGGUUUUCACAACAAUUGAUAGUUACAUGAUCACUGUUACUGAGAUGAACUUUCAUUACAGGUUUGUUUGUUGAAUUUAAAUUUCAUCAGCUGCUGUGGGGGGUUUUGGACUUUGGGAUUACAAGUGUAGUGACAUUAACACCAUUCCAUUUCUUUCCACUUUCCAAUUAGUGCAAAACACCAAUUGUAUCAUUACAGCAUGUUAGCAGUGUGAAGUAUCUUGCUUUACCUGUUCAAAAUUUAGUGAAACACAGUCUAGCCACGGUAAUUUGAAGUAGACCUAAGACUUUUCAAUUCACCGUGAUGACCUUUGCCGAUGUGGGAGCUGCACAAUACAGAGAAACCUACAAGUUGGAGGCAAGGCUUGGCCAUUCAGCCCCUUCAGCCUGUUUUCUGUUGAAUAGAAUGAUGGCUGAUCUGACUGUAGUCACAACCCUAGUGCCCCCAAUACCCCCUGGUUCUUUUGCCAGUUUAAAAAAAAGUCUAUUGAACUCUGCUUUAAAAACAACUAUCUGAUCAGCUGUCCUGCACGUCAACUCUGACGUGCUCUGAUUCCACAUUAAAAUUAGCAAGGUAACCAGAAGGCUUGGGUACUAUUUACACAACUGUUUAUAAAGCCUCGUUUAUAGUAUGGAGCUAUAUCAAUCCCGAAGCAUAUAUUAACCAGUGACGUUAGGCUUCUGGAAGACAGUAGUGGAGGAAUUAUUAGCAAAUUUCCCAGCAAGUACAUGGAAUGCAUUAGCCUGCAACAUACUCAAAGUGAAUUGCAACAUGAGAUAGAGUACAUUGUAGUGUGCAAUAAUAUUUUUAAGAUCAGUUGAGCUUGUAACACCGCUAAUUUACACUCGCUAAAAGAGACAUUUGUACGCAGGAACCACCACUGCAAGGAAAGGAAUAUUUUGAAGCCUUACUUUUGAAUUAUACAGAUGCAUGGGGAAUCAUGGCAAUGCCUGGACCAAUCUGAAUUGAGUUGCCAAUCAAUCAGCAUCCCUUUUCUUCCAUAAAUUGUGAUCAUUUGAAGUUCAGCAUUCUUGCAUUUGUCUUGAUGAGUAGGAGAUGAAAGGCUUCAACAAUGUGUCUCUUUUCAGCAAUAAAAACAUUACAAGAAAGGUUCAAAGUCAAUGAAAAAAAAACAAGACAAUCAAACUACAUUUCAAUAAAUCUUGAAAAUUAAAAAAAGUAUGAUACUUGCCCCAAAGUACUUAGUCACAACAUGGAUUCAGAUCCAAGAGUCUCAGUCAAAAGAAUGGAGCAUCCUUGACUGCUGUUUAAUCUACACUGAAAUUGAGAAAAUUUAUGAAUCAGCAGAAAAUAUUUUGGCAGAUAAAACCGCAGCUGAAACUGCAAUAAUUGUUCUUGUGCUUCAAAGUGUACUGAAUUGUACAAUACAUGCUUGCUUAAUUACAUGUUCCAUGAACAUUGUCCUGCAUACAUUCGUAUCUUGUCAACCUGUCAGUAGGUUUCUGAUUAUGAAGUCACAGUGCAGUGUUUAUGUGGUUUUUAGCUAAAAGUCAAGAUAUGAUUGCAUGGCAACACUGUAAAUAAAAGUUUCUGCAAACAUUGGUUGAAAUUGUUUGUAUGUCUGUGAGAUUAGAGAAAGUCAAAAGUAUGCAUACUAUGUGAUCACACUUGUAUAUUUCUUGACAAAGACAUGUUUAAUCUAACUUGUUACAUCUUCAUGUUGUAAAGAUUUUGAGAAUUGCAGUUUUGAAAUAAGGUUAAUAAAUGAUCAGUUUUGUACAAUAAUAAUGUAGGUCAACCAUUGUGAUUCAUAUAUUUUAUCAAACCACAAUAACUGCCAAUUGUCUGUAUAUUUUGUCUUUUCUGUACUGUGGUGACCGUUAAACAAACAAAAUGGGUAAGUUAAAAAGUUUAAUCACUUGUCUGCUGUCAUGAACUUUUUUUAAAAAAAGAGAACUAAUUUCAAGGUCUUACAAAAAUGUGAUGGGCCACAACAUCUUACGGUAUGCCCCUUAUACACAAUCGGUAUAUUGCUGAAUAUGUGAAUUGAUAAUGCACCGACAGCAACAGGGUGCUUCGGAUCUUGGUGAAUGAUGAGACCAAUUGUCUUCUCGACCAAUAAGAUGUAAGGACUCAGCAAUAAAUAUAAGAAAGACUGAGGAGAUGAAUUACAGUGGGUGAACUUAAUGAUAAAAUCAGUUAAGAAGUAUUCCAUCAUUAAAAAAAAACUUGGUGUUGUUAAUAAACAACUAAUUUUCUGUAGUAGGACAAUUAAUGUGCAAAUACAGCAAUUUUAUGAAAAUAACCAGGAUUUGAAGUGCUCAGUUUGUUUCUACAAAUUUAACAGCAGAGUGGCGCAAAUCAUCUAGCAACUUGUGGCUGUUUGUAAUUCAUGAUCUUUGCUGGAUUAUUUGCAACACUCUUGUAUUUUCUUUUACAUUGUUUGCUAAUUAAUUUUUCAACACAUGGUAGGUAGCUCACACAGAAGGUUCAAAAGGUUGAUUCCAGGGAUGAAAGAACUAGCUUGGGCUUGUACUCACUGGAGUUCAGAAGAAUGAGGGAGAUCUGAUUGAGGGAUAUAAAAUGCUA